AAGUCGCGGCCACGGCCGAUUUUGCUACUUGCUUCUUUUUCCCUCGUUCCCAUCAAUUCUCGUUAUGAAGGUUAAGCUGAAACACACUUGACGUCACUUCUUUGCGACCGCCUGCGUGGUUUUGAGAGCCAACAGCGCAACAAAAAACGCCGAGAAUCGAAUUGAAGUCGGGAUUGUCACGAGCACGCAACGUUCGCACUGGAGAUCAACUUAAUGCUGCUGCUCCCUUUGCGCUGGUCUAGAACGGGAACCGGCGAUGGCGGUUCUCCUCAAGACUGACUCGGGAAGGAAUCGCUCAGCGUCAGGGUGGCACCGAGGAGACGAAAACGUCGGAGGUCAAAACGCUAGCACCCGUUCGUCGGUUGACGCCACCUUUCUGAGAUGGACUCUCGCCAACGUGACGAGCGCCAUGAGGUCAUCGCGUGUCCGAGUGGCGAUGAGGACGACGCCGGGGCCCGGCCGGAUUAUCGCGGCUAAUAUUAGCGCCGCGGGGGACGGAGGAAUUCGACCGCGUACAUCUCCGGAGGCGUCGUAAAGGCAAAGUCGCCACGCGCGCGGCGCCGACGUUGUCCUCCGUGAGCGGCGGCGGCGGCUCCCGCGUCGCGUGGCUUCGCUUCACGCCCGGUGGCACCUUGCUAACACUCACGAGGAUGAACGCCAGCAGUCGGACACUUCAUACAUCACGCGUGACCCCUGACACGUCUGAUGCGUGUCACAAAUGACAUUUCGGUGACAAAGAUGACACGUACGAAAGAUGACAAAAGCGUUGUACGUGGCGCAAACAACGAGGCCCACGACACGCUUACGGCAUGUACGAGGCCGCACGCGGCACUUCUGCUACAUGCAGCGUGACACGUGACGUGAUACGCCAGAGGUCACGUGACACGUUGCACUCGUGAAGCGAUCAAUCGAUGACGCAAUCUGAAACUUAUGACGCCAAAGACGGCGAGUAUUCAACUUACGAUGGCCACCACACCUGCUAAUGGUACACGGUUGAAGACAAAAGUUAGCAUCCGCUGCGCAAAAACACGUUUCAUAUUUGAGCUCAGUCGGGAUCAUCCCAAUUAUUUCCUUUUGUUAAAUGCCACAAUCAUGACAGAGGUGAAAAGUUGGCAUCCCUUUCCUUUGAAGCGCUGGAACCCCGGCCCGGUCCUCCUGACAGAACCGGUCAGCUUUUGCCGGUCGCCUUUUCAGACGCGCCUAAAAAAUGUCCGACGGGAUUCAGAUCGGGGCCGCUCCGACACGUGGACUCUGUUAUCCUCGAGCGGCUUUUUGAAGCAUUCUGGCGGUACGCUUCGGGUCAGACUCGUUUGCGCCCAAGUUUUAGCUUCCUGGCUAAUGUUGCCUUCACAGCUGCAACGAAUGUUCUUUCUUCACGAACGCGUCUGUUUUAUGAAGAGGUCCGGUUCCCGAUUGGGCAAAACGGCCCCACGACAUAAUGCCGCCCAGUCCAUCCUUCACAGUUGGGACGGUGUUCUCAGGUCAACUAGCUCGGACUUUACAGCCCGAAAGCUCCACUUUAGUUUUAUCAGACCACAGCACAUGUCUCCAGAAGUUCAGGUCUUUGUCUUUUAUGUUUUUGUUUUUUUUUUUUUUUAGGGGUUAUGUCUUCAUUCUCAGGAAGUGGCCUCUUCAGCGCAUCUCGGCGCAAGGGCUCCAUGACACUUUUCUUCUUAGCAGCUCGGUCCGGCAUCUUCACGAGGUCUUUAGCUUUUCUUCUGCUGUGGAUUUCAAAACUCAGGCCGCACGUACGGCACACAUUCAACUCGUGAUGCGUCCGACAUGAUGAUGAUGAUGAUGAUGAUGAUGAUGAUGAUGAUGUGCGCCUUCCUGCCCACGGAAGGUUCUUGUCACCGGCCGGCUCGCUUGCCGACAACUUUUCCCACGCACGCCCUCGUGAACGCAUCGGAGACUUUUGCCUUCUAUUUGCGUCUCCAGGCCACAGCUGCUCGGCGGGCGUGAAGGUCGCUCGGAAGCGAGGAGUCACCUUCGGACGGGGAAAGGGGUCCGAGGUUCCGUUCCCGCCGCACUUCCUGCAAUUCCGACGGAGGUCCGAUUUUCUCACGUCGGCGGAAUUUCCCACCCGAGCCUCUUUCGCGUGGAAGGGCAACGGGAGUCGGAGCCGACGAGCGAGUGAAAAAAAGGAUCAAAGCGAAAUAAAAGCAAACAAUUGAAACCUACAGGAAGUGGAAACGGGAUGAGCUCGAUGGGUUUCACUUGAAAUGAAAUGAAAACUUCACUUGGGAUAGGAAAGAAGCUGAAGUGGAAUCAGCUGGACGACCUUUGACACGACGUCACGUACGGCGAAUGCAAAUUUCCGUUGCGAAAGUUGAAAGGAAAUCGACCUUUGACCCGAGAAGCGAGCGAAAGCGACCGCUGGCCCAAAAAAAGCAGCUGACCCGUCGGCGGCGGGUGACCAUGACGCGAUGGGCAGUUGCCAGGUCGCGUGUCCGUGCCAAAGAUUGUCUACGACGACCGCCGUGACUCACUCGCGCUCGAAACUUGCAAGUCGAGUUCAAGCGGAGGGCCUCUCUGUCGCUCGUGUAACCGUGGCGUCAGGUCGCUACGAAUAAAAAUCAAGAGGCUAAAAAUACUAUUGUGGGCACAUUUAAAAAAAAAAAAAAAGCCAGAGGCCGCUUCCACUUUGAACGGGAUGAGGUCACCCGUUAAGACUCGACGAGACCAUCGCCGAUCGUUUACUGACGUGGAGCUUUGGCAUGUGGACGAAACGUGAUAUGCUUUUUAGUCGGGCAAUAUUGCUGCUUUUGUACAUUCAUUGAACGUGCCACGAGCUCCUCCCCCAUUUAGGUGAUGGUCUCGAUUGGUGACGUCACACCCAAAGUAAACCUGCAAGCCAGCGGAGCUCAGUUGGAAAAGCGGCGAGGAAGUCAAAGUGAGAGAGCGCAAAUCAGAAAGUCACUAAAAAGCCAGCCGGCAUUUUCGUGGCGUGCGCCCACAACAAUCAUUUUGCAGCCCAUAAUAUUAUUUUUACCUCGACCUGACGCCGUGCGUGACUUGGUACUUGAAACUCAGCCGGGUUUGGAGUAUUUUUUGUUAUCUUCUUGCGUCGCGUUUCACAUAAUUAGGUGAAACUUCUCUCCACGAUUCCCAUUAUUAUGUGAAACAUGACCAUGUUUUUUGUUUUUUUUUUUUGGGUGUGGCAGUAAUACGCUUCUGCACUUAUCAAACAUUUUGGUCGCAAGUACAACGAGCUGUCACGGCUAACAUGAAAAUACUUGUACAGUAGCAUAGUUGGCCCAAACGAUGUCAUAUUAUUCUAAGCCACUAUGUGUUAAAAAAAAAAAAAAAUAUUCAAUGAAAUGGUACCUAAAUAAGUGUGCGAAGCAAAGUAUUCUAAAAUGUAAUACAGUUACAUGUUAAGCCCAAGUGAAAUGUACAGUCGUGCACAGUUUGACUAUCGAAUGCACUGCUCUGAAGUGAGUGACAGGCGAUCAAAUGAUUCAAUUGGAAUCCCAAAGUAAGGUUCCCGUCGUGAUCUACCGAUUUUCAAGUGGGUUCGACUUUUUACGGUGCCGAGGUGGAAAGAUAUUAUGGGAUGUCCCGUGGCCGGCGUGGAUUUCCUUCCAGAGUGAGACCUCCGACUGGCACAGCCGUCGUGGGCGUGGGCGUGGGCGUGGGCGUGCGCGCUAUAAGAAGGGGAGCACUGGGGUCGAGUCGCCUGCUGAUACCGCGAUGGGGCUGCACAGCGUCCAGGAACUGGUGAGCGGAGGAAGGUCAGAGUGGAACGCGGGUGGCGAGCGUGACGAUCGAAAUGCGGGACGCGGCGACCUCUCGGAGGACGACAGCGGCGGCGAGCACGACGAGGUCAGCGCGGCGGCCCUCAACAUGGACAAAUGCGGCCGCCUGCGUCUGGAAACGGUGGACGACCUGCUCAACAUCCUGCAGCUGAGGAAGAGGAGGCGGCAGAGGAAGGCGCCCGUCCGCAAGAAGACGGAGGCCCCCCCCGCCGAGACGCUGCCCGACAUGGUGGAGGCGCCCCUCUUCCUCGCCGCCGCCGUGGACAACAAGAUGGCCGUCGUACUCAAGUACCUGAACGAGGGAGGGAACCCCGACGCCGUCGAUGGUUUCCAAAGGACCGCCCUCCACAAAGCGUCCUUCAAAGGUCACGUGGAAGUCAUGACCACGCUGCUGGACGCCGGCGCCGCCAUUGACAGGAAGGACAAACUGGAGUCCACGGCGGUCCACUGGGCCUGCAGAGGCGGGAACCUUCCCGCCCUUCAGCUCCUCCUCCGACGCGGGGCCCAGAUCUCCGCCAGAGACAAGCUGCACAGUUGCCCUCUGCACGUGGCCGUCAGGACGGGACACCUCGAGUGCGCCGAGUACCUGGUCCAUUGCGGCGCCGACCUCAACGCCAGAGACCGGGACGGCGACACCUGCAUGCACGACGCCGUGAGGAUCAACCGCUUCAAGAUGAUCAAGCUGCUCAUGAUGUACGGCGCCAGCCUCGCCGUCAAGAACUGCGACGGCAAGACGCCGAUGGAGACGCUGUACUCGUGGCAGAACGGCGCCAAGAGUCUCCUCUUCCGCUUCGGCGAGGAGAAGGCGGAGCUUCACGAGAAGACGAUGUGACGUCGACGCCGUCUCCGCUCGCGUGCCUUUUUCCUCAAAUGUUGCUGGACGACAUUUUUCUUUUCUUUCUGUUUUUGAGGAGGAACUUUAUUGCUGUUUUAGUCAACUUGAAACUAGCGCCAGGACGAGGCCACUGCUUGUGAAAAGACUUUUUAUUUAUUUGACGGCUGUGAGAGGUUUCGAGGAAGCUUUGCAGGAUGUGGCGGGAUUGCUAUUGAUGCGUGUUUGAGAA